AAAUCAUUCAAUUCAAUCAAAUCUCCUUAUAAGCUUGUCGUUGAUUAGACUAGGGCUACCAGCGGAAUAAGGUUCCCCCGGGUUCCCACCGGCUCCAAAUUCCGACGGGCCGAGCGGGGCGUGUUUAGGUCAAGACAGCUUUCUCUCACUGCGCUCAGCUUACUCCUGACAACUCCAACCUCAUCAGAAUUCUGCUCGGUUGAUGUCGGUUCUGCGCCUUGACAAUACACCAUGGGAUCAAAGACCCCUGAAGGCCAGUGGCAGGCCCCUGAUGCCUCCAACUCCCAGGACCUCAAGGCUACCAAUCCAAACCCCAAGCCCUCUCGGAAUGGCUCCCAGUCGGCCGACUUGGACCGCGGAAUUGUCGAUGGCGAUGAUGAUGACGACGAAGCGAACGAAGAAACGGGGGUAAACCCUGUUGUUAAUGCUGAAAAGAAAAAGAAACGCAAGAAAUCCAAGAAGAAGUCCAAAUCCGCUCAUCCAAAGGAACAAUCAAACCCACCCAGCGUGCUCGUCUCGAAUCUCUUCCCCUCCGGAUACCCCGUGGGAGAACUCGUCCCGUACGAAAACCUCUCUCGCACCACCGACGAAGAGCUACGUUACAACUCGCGUCUCUGGGACGACGGCUUCCUUACCGAUUAUCGUCAGGCUGCCGAGAUCCAUCGUCAGGUUCGCCAGUACGCCCAGAAGGAGCUCAUCAAGCCCGGAGCAAGUCUCACUACCAUCGCGGAGGGCAUUGAGGAUGGGGUUCGCGCGUUGUCUGGUCACCAGGGCCUUGAACCCGGAGAUGGGUUCAAGGCAGGAAUAGGAUUUCCCACUGGACUGUGCUUGAAUAAUGUUGCGGCUCAUUGGACGCCUAAUCCCGGUGCAAAGGAUGUCAUUCUGGAUAAGAGCGAUGUGCUCAAGGUGGAUUUUGGCGUCCAUGUGAAUGGUCGGAUUGUCGACUCGGCUUUUACGGUCGCGUUUGAUGAUACGUAUGAUAAUCUGCUUGCGUCUGUGAAGGACGCGACGAAUACUGGUAUCAUGCAUGCUGGUGUUGACGCCAGGGUCAGUGAAAUCGGCGCUGCAAUCCAGGAGGUCAUGGAAAGCUACGAAGUCGAGAUUGCUGGAAAGACCCACCCGGUGAAAGCCAUCCGCAACAUCACCGGCCAUGAUAUUCUUCGGUAUAAUAUCCAUGGUGGAAAACAGGUCCCGUUUGUGAAAAACAACCGACCGGACAAAAUGGAGGAGGGAGAGGUAUUUGCCAUUGAAACAUUUGGAAGUACCGGCAGAGGGUUCCUUGAUGAUGAUGUGGGAGUUUACGGCUACGGAAGAAAUAAAGACGUCUCUGGAGCCAACCUGCGUCUUGCAUCUGCUAAGACUCUCCUCAAGACCAUCGACGCCAACUUUGGAAGCCUCGUCUUUUGUCGUCGGUAUCUGGAACGGCUUGGAGUGGAGAAAUAUCAUCUCGGAAUGAAAAAUAUGAUUGAUAAUGGAAUCGUCGAGUGCUAUCAACCUCUUGUUGAUGUGAAGGGGUCAUACACGGCUCAAUUUGAACAUACGAUUCUCCUCCACAGUGGUGGAAAAGAAGUCAUCAGUCGUGGUGACGACUAUUAACCUUUCACCUAUCUACAAAGCUCUUGUUCAUCGUCGCCCAUUUCACGGGCAAUUCCGUUCGUUUUAUCGGCUCUACGCCUUUGGCCAGUCAUUGUUAUCGUCAAGUCCUUUCAUUUUCGCCUCAUCUCAGUCUGCGCAAUACUGAUCAGGAACACAAACUUCACUUUCUUUUCUAGGUAUACUCAUGAGUGGAUCCAAGCUACAGAUACAUCUAUGCGGCUUGGCGCACAUCUCUCCUACACAGUCCUGGACUCUUAUAGUGAUGCGAUCCCAACAGAAUUAAAUUGAUGGAGAAUGCCUACCAGAUCAAAGACUCCGACGUAGGAUAGAUUUCAGUACGAUGAACAGAACGGACUAGUCCUUUAUAUAGUUACAGCCGACGAUGCUCUGGCAAUCCAACGCCAGUCUAAAGCAUUCACUCUUACA